AUGGCAGCCACAUUUUCCUACGCGCAAGCCGCAAAGGGCAUUUCACCAGCUCCCGCGAGCAAGCCAACAUCUGGCUCCGCUACUCCAGCUAAGGAUACCACCUCCACGCCUCCACCUACCACCCUCGCCUCGGUGAGGAGUUGGGCCGACGACGCCGAGAGCGAGUCCGUGACUGAGAAGCCUACGACUGAACCUGAAACCGACUCGCAGACGUCACCAAAAGCAGCCGAACCAUUGCAGUCUGUCGAGACCUCUAGCGUAUCCUCGCCAGAUCUAGGCGCUUUGUCCGCCUCCACAGUGACCAAGGACGACGAUGUGUCGUCGCAGCCCAUUGCAUCUUCCGAGUCGACAUGGGACAACAAGUCCCAGGCCUCCACUUCAGUCGACAAGACGGUGGAGCCGGCAGAGAAGACCUCGGAGAAGGUUAAGAAGGGCAAAAACGCUGUCGUCAAGCCCCUCCAAGAGGCACCCCUGCCAACCGUGAACAUUUGGAAACUGCGGGCGGACGAGCAAAAGGCCAAGGUGCACAAGACGGGACCUUCCCCUAUCGCGAACAACCAGUCUCAGGGACCUACGGGAGCGGCAACCAAGAAGGCCAACUCCAGUACAAAAGAAAGCUCUGUAGCUGGUGACAGCAGGAACAAAGCACACGAGGAGGACAAAGCUGUCCAAGCCAAAAAGGAUGGAAAGAGCGAAGUUGAGUCUAAGAAGGGUGUCAAGGGCAGGCCCUUGGACAAGGACACCAGAUCAGCGUCAACUGUUCUACCUCCGCCCCCUCACCGUGAUCAGGAGUCAUGGCCAACACCGGAGAGUGUGGUGGAUGAAGACCGCAAGAAGUCUCAGGGGAAGGGAGAGAAGGUCGAGAAAGAUCGCAAGGACGUUGUGACUGCUGGGACCUCCGGCAAGCAUGAGUGGGUGAAAGUUCCGUACACCCCGUCGGUUGUUUUCAAUACGCCAUUACCAAACGCAGCGAAUCCGCGCAGAGGUGGGAGACCUGGAGGCCGAGGAGGAGCACAAACCGGUGGCAGGCCUACCAGCUUUGGCAGCAAUGGUACCGGACAACCCGAAAAGGACGGAUCAUCGGCUGUUGUGUUGAACGGCGAUCAGACACAGCGGGAGCGAGGCGAAGGAGACGCUCCAGGGGACGCAUCCCCGAAGUCGAAGCCUACGGGCAACACUGCAUCCCCAACCUCAAAAGAUCAGGUGCCGACGGCUUCUGGAGAGAAACCCUCGAGCUCCACCAACCUUGCAGCAUCUGAAGCUGACGCACAGGCUGGGACACCUUUGGUGAAAGACGAGUCUCAGGGCCACCACCAGAGCAAUGGCCAUUCUCGCCAGUACUCGAACAAGCCCUACAAGAGUCGACGGGGCGACUUUUCUGGUGCAGGGGAGCGGAGAAGGGAGGGUGGAGGAUCGCCACCCAAGGAUGGUACUUCUGACGACCGCCGAUUUGCCGCAUCAACACACACAGAAACCUCGGGAGACGGCGAGCGACGAGGAUUCCAGGAUGGCCCCAAUGGUCACUCGUCCAAGCAAGGUCGCUAUGGUACAUACUCUGGCGGUCGCGAACGCGUUCGUGGAGGCGGUCGCGGCGCCAGAGGGAGCUACUCCAACGGCCAUCAAUUCGGGCAUGGGCAUGGCCACCAGUCAUCGUCAUCAUUUUCGUUGGGACCACGGUCACCGACCUCCUUCAACCCCGAGAGCUUCUUCCCGGCUCCUCAGGGCAAGUUCCGCAACAGCCACCGUUCGCAGUCUAUGACUACAGAUCCUUUCCGAUACACUUACCAAGGCGGACCUCCAGGUCCACCUAUGCAGCCUUUUAACCCAUACGACUACAGCAUGAUGCAGCCGAUGGGUGCUUUGGCGUACAGUCCCUAUGGCGUGGAUCAACACGCGUUAUUCGCCAUGAUUACUACCCAAGUGGAUUAUUAUUUCUCGGUUGAUAACCUGCUCAAGGAUAUGUUCCUUCGUAAGCACAUGGACUCGCAGGGCUUCGUGUCUCUUGAGUUCAUUGCUGGCUUCAACCGCAUUAAGCAUCUAUCGACAGAUCUCGACAUGAUCAAGCUCGUUUGCCAGCAAUCGAGCAUUGUCGAGUACCGUACUGGCGACGAUGGCCUGGAUAGGCUACGCUGUAAAGAUGGUUGGGACAAGUGGGUUCUCAACAUGGCAGAGCGAGCCGAGACAGCACAGAACGAGGGGCCCAAGGAGCUUCACAAGCCCGCCGUCCCACAACCCAACGGAUUCGACCAGUCCAGCCUACCUCAAUAUCCCGUGAUGCCCAUCAUGGACAUGUAUGGUAACGAAGGGCCGUAUCCGCAGACAAAUGGCUAUCAUCCUGUGAUUGCUCAAGAUGCUGUACCAACACCGGCGGAGGCCUUGUCAAGUGCUGAAGACGCGAAUGGUACGGUCAUUCCCAACGGUCAUCCGAUCGAGAGUCCGACAAAGGCUGUGAGUGGAGAACCCGAUUCUUUUUCUGAUGCUCAACUGGAAAACUUGACUGUCAUUGUGCGCAAGCAACACCAGUCACGAAGACCAGUUUUGCCUUCCUGCACUUCUCGAACCUUUUCUAAUGGCUCCAUCGAUAGUAAACAUGGCGCACAAGGAGAGUUGGAUGAGGGAACCAGUCGCUCAUCCGAGCCCUAUGGUGUUGGUUCCUCCGAACGUGUCGAUAGCAAUUUUGCAGAGCGCCUUCUAAGUAUCUCAAGCCCGUUCAGAUCGACUUCACCAACCCCCGUUCGCCUCUAUUGGGUCAAAGACCAAGAGGAUCCUGUUAAUUCGAUUCCUUCCGAUUCUUCUCACGAACCAUACCAUCAUCUGCGAUCGAAAGCGUUGCAGCAACGUCAAAAUUCUCCCUUUGGUACCACUCCUUACGACAUGGAUGUUCUUUACCAGUUUUGGUCUCAUUUUCUUAUCCGUAAUUUCAACACACGAAUGUACGACGAAUUCCGAUAUCUUGCUUUCGAAGAUUCUAGCCAUCGCAUGACAGAUUUUGGGCUUUCAAAUCUGAUCAAGUUCUACGGGCAGUCUUUGUUAUCCUCUAAGGGCGUUAUUCGGCAACGUGUGGCUCACGAUUACGUUGAUUUGGUGAAGGGGACAGACAAGUAUGGCCGUUCAGCUUUCAACCAACUACAGUCGGCCUUUCGUAACGGCGGCUUUGAACCUCGUAGUUGGAAGCGUAUUAGCGACUGGCUGGACGGCGACCUCCUGGCUUCACUGGAACUAUAG